CCCUUCUUAGUGUAGAUGGGCGCUCAAAAAAAGCAGCCUGAACAAAGUGUCAUGGGUUCGAACCCCGGUGCUGGAAGUUGGAACCCCUUCUCCAGGAAGGCGCGGUAAAAAUACUCAGAAAAUACUAUUCGGAGACACUGCUAUCACCUUUUCUCAACGUCAAGCAAUCACAAAUCAAAAUCAACCGACCAAAACAAACUUCCCACUUGACAACCUGCCAAUCGUGCCAAUGGCGCCCAUAUUCUACGGCGUGGCCCUGCCCCGCCCCCCUGCCCUCCCGGAGCCCUCCGCCUCGCCUUCGGACUUCAACCUGGUCCACGUCGUGGACUCACACUCCGCGGUUCUGGCCUUGCUCAAGGGUCACAAAGGCGGGCGAUUCAAGGCUUGCCAAUCUCAUUUGGAAGCCCAACAAUUCGCCCAAGCUUGUCUCGAGGAGGACGCCAGUGCAGCCACGCCCAUUCCAACCGCCGCCACGCCUUCGGAAGGCUGUCCUUACCCCAGUUUGACCCCUCAACAACUCAAGGCCUUGAAAGAGGCCAUUCAAUCCGGCCAUGAGGCCACUUUUCACGCGCUAGUCGAUCAGAAUCCGCGAUAUUUGACCACACCCUGCGAUACCCCGGCCAUUAUUCACUCGGGCACCCGUGCCAAUGCCCUCCAUGUAGCGGCGGCGGCCCGUAGUCUGACCAUGACCCAAGUGGUGCUAGCCCGCAUUACGGAUUCGGAGCUCAUGAACCGUAUGUACCCGCAUGAAACCCCCGAAAAUCGAGCUCGACGCGGGGAAUAUCUCCUGGAUUUGUACCUCAACAUGCCCAACAAGGGCCACAAUGACACCCCACUACAUCAAGCCGCCAAGUUCGGCUGUGUGGAGGUGGUUCAAUUUCUGGCCGGAUUCAGCAGUUGUGACACCAAUCGACCCAACAAGAUGGGUCUAACCCCGGCGGAAGUGGCCUGUACCCGCGGAGGCGAGGGCGAUACUCAACUGGUGGGGGAGAUUCAAAAGGCUUUGGGCGAUCAGGUGUACAUCCCAGUGAUUCGGGAGAGUGAUAUGGCCAGUCCCGGAUGUUUGGGCUCGGUUUGGUCGCCCAAAAGAACCGUCAAACGCAGUGGAAGUGGCAUGGAUCCCUCUCAGAGUCAAGUGGCCUUCAAUUCGCCCCGACCGAAUUUCCCUUCGCCCAAAUUGAGUCGGGUUCAGCCCGUAAAAAGUCCGAUCGUAUUAGACCCGUCGCCCACCUCCCCCUUGAUCCACACGAAAUCAGUUCAGGCCCUCCUAGGCCCACUGUCCCCGCAAGAUGCUGAGAUUGUCCAGAAGAAGUGGAAAAGUACCACGCCCAAGGCUUUGAAGUUAUCCAAUCCUGAGCGGGCUUUUGAGAUCCAGGGUCGGAAAUUGGCCCAGGAGUUUGAGGCGCAUCUUUACGAGUAUUGGGAUUUCCUGGGCGAUUAUUGCGAUUUAGGCAGUCCUGAAGGCCUAGCCAUGUUCGACAAUCACCUCUAUGAUAUGAGUCGGAAAUUAGAGGCGCAGAAGAAACGGGAACAAGCGCAGAUAUUGCAAGAUUUGGAUCAAGACUUGUCUUCCGCUCUGAGUCCUGUGAGUCAAUUAGCUCGAGAUCUGGAGUCUCUCCGACUGAAAUCGCCCUCCAAUCCGGAUCCUAUUGAAGCCAGUCCCCAUUCCUACGACCGAGAAGAGAGUUUCGAGUCCGUGCGAUCCUCGUUCAUCGAGGACAACGAAUCCGAAUCGAGUUUCUUGACGGCAGAAGAAGGGACUCAGGUGUUCAUUUUGGGCGCUCAGCCUUCCAUCCGGGAUGUUCAAGUGUACGAGGUGUUAGCCCUUGGGGACCCCGUUGAUCCGGUUCAAUUCCCUUAUGUGAGUGAAUGGUUGAAAUCCGUUCAAGAAUCCAAUGAAGAGGAUCGGGCCAAGUGGAUCCAACGGUCCAAUCCAUCCAGUCGAAGAAGAAUUCUCCAAGUGCCCAAAUUGAAUCUCAACGUGGAUGAUUGAUGCUCGCUUGUUUUCUCGCAUGAGCAGAUGAAUAAUGUGAUAUUGCAUACUCGAUGCCAGCCAACAUUUUGUUCUUCAUAUAUUGCCACAAAAUAAAUCAAAUCAUAUCAAACUCA